UUUUCAGAUCCUUGUGUUGGUGACAUGGAAUGUGAAACUGCUCCUGGGCCUUUUGAUGUUGACAUGGAUUUGGCAUUUGUGCUCGAUAGUUCCCAAAAUAUAAACACAGGCCAGCUAAAAACUGCAACAGAUUUCAUAGGCAAAAUUAUUGAUCAACUGCCCAUCUCACCUGCACCUCAAACAGCAAGGCGAGGGGCCAGAAUUGCACUGGUACAGCACAGCCCUCUGCGGUACGCCCCUCAAAGAGGCCAAGCAGCCGUGAAACUAGAGUUUGAUUUCCUUACUUACAGGAAUGGCAACUUGAUGAAAAGACAUCUUCAAACCAAAGUGAAUCAUUUACAGGGUGCAUCAGCAAUCGGUCACGCAAUUGAGUGGACAGUCACUAAUAUUUUCAACAAGGUUCAAAACCCAAAGACAUUGAAGGUUAUUUUUGCUGUUGUUAGUGGCAAGACAAGCUCUUGGGAUAAAAAAAAACUAAGAGAAAUGUCUCUGCAAUAUCGCUGUUUGGGAUAUUCCAUAUUCACUUUAGCUAUUGGAAAAGAUUUCAGUAAUUCUGAGCUCUAUGAGCUCUCAAGCACACCACGAGAACAGCAUUUUAUCCAUUUGGGUGCAGUUCUGGAACCUGAAAUGCAGUUUGCAGAGAGAUUUGUGCAGACAUUUUUUAAUCUCCUUAAAAGUGGAAUGAACAAAUAUCCUCCUCCAGAUUUGCAGGAAGAAUGCAGAAGAAGGCCAGUGAUUUCCUUGAAUGAAGAGAGCGGACAAACUGAAAUUGAAGAAUAUUUUGAAGAAAUCACAGCACCUCCAAAUGAAGAAGGGGAAAUAGAAUAUGAGGCAGAUCAAGCAUCCAUUCCAUCAAUUCCAUACGAGUACAAUAAUGAAGAGGCAAUGAUCCCACCUGAAACAAAUGCGGGAUAUAAACAGGAUUAUUCAGACUACAUAAACGGCACUGGUUGGGAUUUAAUGGAUACAGUCAGCAGAACAGCCAAAGAUAUCUGCCAGAUGGAUCUUGAUGAAGGGCCCUGCCAAGAAUACAGCUUAAUGUGGUACUAUGAUAGGUACCAAAUUCAGUGCAAAAGGUUCUGGUAUGGAGGUUGUGGUGGCAAUGAGAACCGCUUUGAAACAAAGACAUCUUGUGAAGAAUUCUGUACCUCAUCAUUUUAAUGAUAUAGGCUGAAGAGUGCCACAGCCAUGUGAUUUGACAAAAGAGACACAGACAUCUGUCUUCACAUAAAACUGAUGAAAAGUUUCCUAUGAAUUGUAACAUGGGUCCCAUCUUUAAUGAAUGCGUUCAGACCUGCUUUUAUUUAAAUUAGAAUAAUCCAUAAGUCUGAUGAGUAUAUGUUGUUGAGCAGUAUGUCAUUUUAUGCGUGCAAAUGCAGGUAAGAUAUCACUUAUGAUAAGCUGACUGAAAUGUUGUCCUGUCCUUUGUACCUUUUUAGAACAGUGUAUCACUACAUACACAAACUCAAAAUUAUUAAUGGGUGCCAAUUAUAAUAUCGUUAUACUAACGAUCAGCUCUGUUAUUUCCUGGAUGCUGCACUUACGAUCAAGAUUAUGCACUUUUCUUUUUUAAGGACUGAGCUCUAUUAUAAAACUCAACAGAUACACAAAAGAAAUCAUGAUUUUUAUUAUAUUCUGUAAUUUUAAUCACUUCCAGAUUUGUGUCAAAUGAAAAUGAUUUGUCUUCAGAAAAUGUACUUAUUCUCAUAAGUCAUCGUCAUUACAGUUGGCUUAUGCAGGCUUUUAAGUUUUAGAUGAGUGCACUCAGGUAUACUUCCUAAAAACAAAAAGUACACGAUGAAUUCUGAAUACUGUCAUAUUCUGUAAUUUAAUGUCAUCAUUUUCUGAUCAAUUUUUGGGAUUUUCUGGGAUGUGGAAAUGUUUUUAGUCUUCAGAAAUUGUACUGGUGCUCACAUGAUGACAUUAUUACCAAGGGCAUACCCACUGCCAAAAUCAGUGGUUAUUUGAGUUACAAGAACUACCAAUACAUUUCAAACAGUGGCUAUUCAGUAGCUUUGUUUACAUUAUUGCUAUAAAAAAAAACUAAUUUACGUUUAUUGUAAAAGGAAUAAAGAAUAAUGAAAACAUUUAAAA